CGUUGUUUUGGUUUCAGUUCAGCAAUCGUUGUACGCAGGGUUUUGAUUCGUGUGCUGUAAAAGUCGCAAGAAUAUCUUGUUCUACAUGACAUGCCGUGGAUAUUGAAUACACCUUGCCCAAGAGUGCAGCCGUGUGUAUUCUAGGAGUUUAUUGUUAAGAGACUAGACGUUCGUGUCCAACUGGGUCUGUGUUUAAUCAUUCAAUACUGCUUGCGUGUGCCGCUGCAUCCUGCCUGCCUGUCUGCCUGCCUGGGUGUGAUCUGCCAGUCAUGGCGUCGUUCAACCGGCCCGUCUACACGAUCGCCUCCAUCCGGCAGGAGCUCGCGGACAAUACCCUGCAAGCCAAAGCCAUCAUACAGGAAACGUUAGCGUUCCGCGGUUCGUUGGAGGAGCUGAAUGUGCUGAAUGAGGCGGGACGGGAGAAGCUGGGCAACUUGCGUAGGGGCAUCGAGCGGCUAGAUAUAAUGGCACGGGAUCUAGGCGAUGAAGCGCUGUACAAUGAGGUGGAGGGCCAGCGGAAGCAUUAUGCCGACACACUGCAGCAGUUCCGGAAGGCAAACAUCAGCACGAUGCUCGAGAUCGAGAAGGCGAACAAGGAGGAGCUGUUCCAGCUGAGCCCGAAUGCGAGCGAGAUGCGGCAGCGCUCGGGCAAGGGCCACCGCGCCACGACGAUGAUACGUACCGCCACGCACCGGCUGCAGCAAGAGAACGUCACGGAGCGGAUGCUUUCGAUUACACAGCAGCUGCACGACACCACGCAACGGUCGGCCGCCAACCUGGAAUCGCUCAUGAGCAGCAGUAGCGUAGUGGAAUCGACACAAAACGAGCUCCACAGCACGUCCGGCUCGAUAAGCAAUUCCAAGAUGCUGCUGGAGAAGUACGGCCGACGGGACGCAACCGAUUUCGCGGUCACCGUCUUCGGCGUGAUGUUCUUCUUCGCCACCGUCAUGUUCGUGCUCUGGCGUCGGUUGUUCUGAUGAUCACAUGUGUGCAAUCAUCACCCUGUUCCCCUACCCUAUUCCCUUUGAGGCGGUUGACCAUUCUUGUUAAGCUCGGAGCAUAAUUAUAAGUAUCAUAUAAUGCA